AUGGAUUUUGUUUCGAUGGGCUCAGUGUCAUCGCUGCAUGGGCCAGCUCAGUUUGACUUUGCUGCUCCCAUCUAUGGCAUUACUUGGCCAGGACUCUUCCCAUCUGUGCCGGACUACGUCCGCGUUGGAUUCGUUUCGCCUUUGCGCACUUUCUUGUGUACGGGACUGGCAAUGCCAAUCUACGGUGUGGCUCGUCUCGACCUUCCUCCGUCUGUGCCAGACCACCUGUGCGCAGGAUUCAUUCUGCCUGCGAGGGCUCCCGUUCAGCUUGGUCUGGUCUUGUCCUCAUAUGGCAUGAGUAGAUCAGGGUCUCCACCAUUCGUGUUGGAUUUUGUUCACACUGGCCUUCCUGCUUUGCUACGCGCCUUUUCUCGAUUGGACUUUGUGCUUUUGCUGUACGGCAUGGAAUGGCUAGGCCCAAGCGCCUUUGUGUCGGACCAUUCAACCUCCGGACCUGUUUUGCUGCUGCGUGCCCACGGUCGACUGGAAAGCUUCUUGUCAGCCUAUGGCAUGGCCAGAUUGGGCUUCAUGCCUUCAGCUCCUGACCUUGCUCACCUUGGGCUUUUGCCAUUGCUCCGAAGCUACGUCCGAAUGGGUCUGACCAUGUCUGCCUAUGGGGCUGCUCGCCUGGGUCUGCUCAUGUUGACCUUGGAUUUUGUUGACACUGGCUUUUCCUUGCUGACACGUGGCCUUAUGCACACUGGUUUCGUAACGUCAGCAUAUGGUAUGUCGUGCCUUGAGAGCUUUCUGUUUGCCUUGGACUUUGUGCACCCAGGCCUUGUGCCAUCUGUGCGUGGUCUCAUUUGUCCUGGCCUCGCGUUGCCAGCCUAUGGUUUGACCAGACUGGGUCCUCCGCUGCUUGCGCUGGACUUUGCGCACAUGGGUUCUACGCUGCCCUUGCGGUCUCUUGCCUGCCCUGGUCCAAGCCUGCUGGCUUAUGGCAUGGUGUGGCUUGGAUUUUCGCCCCCCGCAGUGGACUUUGCACACUUGGACUCAACGCCACUCUUGCACGGUUUCAGCUGCCUAGGUUCUGUGCCUCUGAUCUCCGGGAUGACAAGACCCGGCUCUUUGAUGCCCUUGCCCGACUCUGCCACGACGGGCCUAACGUUCUCUCUACAAAGCCUGCUUUGGUGCGGGUCAACAUUGCUUGUGUAUGGCAUGACCCGAUCGGACUUCAGCUUACUUGCUCUUGACUUUUUGCAUUUGGGCCCGGCGUUGCUACUGCAGUCGCAUUGUCGGCUGGGCCUGAUACUUCCAGUCUCUGGAUUGACCAAGCUUGAAGCCUUGGCGUUUGCCUUGGACCACGUGAGUUUUGAACUUCCAACGCCCCCCCGAAACUCUGCUUGCUUUGGCCUCCUUGUGUUGAUCUAUGGCUUGGGCCGAACGGGGCCGACUGCCCUAGUGUUGGAUCUUAUGCAUUCUGGGCUACUACUGCCCACUCAAGGCUUUCAAAGGACCGGCGCAGCAAUGCCAGCCUACGGCAUGUCUUGCUUGGGAAGCACCCUACUUGUGCUGGAUCACAUCCACCUUGGUGCUUCACUUCCUCCCCGGAGUCUUGUAUACCUUGAGAGUGCUAUGUUGGCCUAUGGGAUGGCUUGCUUGGAGGUGUCACUGUUGGUGCCGGACCACUUUGCUUUGGGCAGCAUGCUGCUGGUGCGAACAAUGUCGCGGCCUGGCUUCACCCUGUCCGCAUAUGGCAUGGCUCGUACAGGAUCUUCACUGCCCGUGCCUGAUCCCGUCACCACUGGCCCUGCCUCUUCUCUGCGGGGCUCUGCUCACCUUGGGUCGCCAAUGUUCACUUACGGAAUGUGUGUGGUCACCGAGGGCUUCCGCACGAGAGGCUAUGCCGAAUUCUGCAGCUCGUACUCGGUGCGAAGCUUUGCUCGCUUAGACCUGCCUUCGUCUGUAUAUGGGCUGUCUCGGUCAGGGCCUUCUCUGUUGGUGCUGGAUCUUGUGCAAACAGAACUUGCGCCAUUAGUGUUUGGCUUGACCUGCCUUGACUCGCCGUUUCUGGCUUUGGACUUCGUUGGCUUGGGCUUCUUGCUUUCUUUGCAUGGCCCUUGCUGCAUUGGGUUGGCCAUGCUUGCUUGGGGCGUUGCCCGAGCAGGCUUGUUGCUGCUCAUGUCGGACCUCCUCCUAGUAGGAAGCUUCUUGUCUUUGCGAUCUCAUGCCCGGCCAGAAUUGCCGAUGUUUGCCUCUGGCAUGAUGCGCUCGGGCCUGCCUCCUCCGGUGCUUGACCUCUUCCACUUCGGCUCGUACCUCUUGCAGCUGGGUCCGAGCCUCUUCGCGUAUGGACUCUCCUGCUCGGAAUCCUUUCUGCCAACUCCAGACCACGUAAACCUGGGAUCUCUUCUGCUCAUUCAAAGCCAUUGCUGUAUCGACUCGAUGAUUUUUGCCUAUGGACUGAGCUGCCUCGAGUCGUUCGUGCCGCCAUUGGACUUCAUCCAGCCUGGCACGGCUCAUGCCCGGCCAGAAGCCUCGACGUCCUCGUAUGGAAUGUGCCGACCCGGAUCCAGUUGCCUAGGUACAUCGCUUCCAGUCUAUGGCAUGACGCAGACUGGCAGUUUGUCGCUAGUAUCGGAUUUGAUUGACACAGGUAGCUCCCUGCCGUUGCAAUCAUCCAUUUGGCUUGGCCUGCCACCUUCGGCAUAUGGUGUCAGCACGCUAGAGCUUUUGUUGCCGGUGCUAGACCUCAUUCGCCUAGAGCCGGCUCCGUCCAUGCAAAGCUUCCUGUGGGCAGAUCUGCUGCUGCCAGUGUCUGGGGUGACGUGUCUGGGAGCAUUUCCUUUGAUACCGGACCGCUUGCAUUCAGACUUCACGCCGUCGCUCCGAAGCUUCACCUGCCUGGACCUUCCAACUUCAGCAUGGGGAAUAUCCCAGAUGGAUGCUAGCUCAUCAGUCCUUGAUUUCGUAAGCCCAGGACUGAUGCCGCUCCUGCACAGCACGAUGCGCGUAGGCUCCAUGACGUCCGCCUCUGGCAUGACAAGGCUUGGAGUUCUUCCGUCCAUCCUAGACUUCAUCCACAUGGGGUCAGCGCUUCUGUUGCAAGGCCCCAUCAGAGCUGACUCCUUAUUGGCUACGUAUGGCAUGUACCGUAUGGAGUUUUUGGUGCCAGCACUUGACCCCAUCAACCUGGGGCCCUCUCCGUCUCUGCAAUCCUUCCUUUGCCUAGACCUCGUGAUUUCUGCCUUUGGCAUGGCACGCCUUGGCCUGCCACCACCUGUCUUGGACCUCGUGCACUCAGACUUCACGCUUUUUACGCACAGCCCUGUCUACCUUGGCUUGGUGCUGCUUGUCUGGGGCAUGACGUGGCUUGGAUUUUUGAUGCUGGUGCCUGACCUUUUGCAUCUAGGAUCUCUGCUACUAUCGCAAAGCCCAAUGUGUGCAGAUUCAUUGCCGCUGGUUUACGGCGUCACUGUGCUGGACCUGCUCUUGCCAGUGCUAGAGCAUUUGAGCUCGGGCUCACCUUUCUUGCUGCGGAGCCAUAUGCGUCUGGGGCCUUUCAUGCUUGUCUACGGUGCGGCAAGGUCAGGGUUCAUGCUGCCGGUUCUUGACUCUGCCAUGCCCGGACUAGCACCUCCAUCACGAGGACCUGCACAUCUCGAAUUGCUGCUGCCCGCCUACGGCAUGAACUGCCUUGGAAGUUUUUCGCUGGUCUUGGACUUUACGUCUCUGGGGCCACCUCUGCUUCUCCACGGUCCCGCAUGCAUCGGUUUCACCACGUCAAUCUUCGGUUGUGCAAGACCUGGAGCGUUUCUGCCAGCCCUUGAUUCCAUGAAGGCUGAAAGUUUGCUGCUGUUGCAAAGCAUGAUCUGUUUGGGCUCAAGCUUGUUGGCUUUCGGCGUGGCUUGCUUGGGCUCCUCUCCACCUGCUGCGGACUCCGUCUCCACAGGCAGCUCGUCGUCACUGCAAAGCCACUUUCGCUCUGAACCGCUGCUGUCCAUCUCUGGUGUCUCCAGACCAGGCUCCAGCUUAACAGUGCUUGACCAUGCGAUCACGGGUUCUGCCCUGUCAGUGCAAAGUCUCUGCCAGCCUGGAUCGCUACUGUUGGUUUAUGGGGUCACUUGCCCAGACUUGUUGAUGCCAGUGCUCGACUCCGCGCACCUAGGAAGCUGCCUUUUGCCGCAUGGCUUCAUGUGCCCCGGGUUGCCGAUGCCCAUCUACGGAAUUGCCAAGCUUGGUUCGUCUCUUUCAGCUCUUGACCUCGUAAGUCUUGGCCUGGCAUUACCCUCGAGGUGCCUUGCCUGCCCAGAGACCUCUCUGCCACUCUUGCGAACCAGUCGUUUUGAACUGAACACGUCCACUCUUGACCUUGUGCAGAUUGAUCUCCCUUUGCUGUCACGUGGCUUUGCUUGCACGGGCCCGGCGUCUUCCACCUAUGGUCUGUCAAGAUCAGGACUCUUGCUGCUAGUUCCAGACCUUUGCCACUUCGAGAGCUCGGCUUCUCUUCAUGGUUUCGCGUGCUCGGGCUUUGCUACGCCAGCCUAUGGCCUGAUGAUUUUGGGUUUCUCGUUGUCAGUACUUGACUCUGUCAACGCAGGCCUUCCUCCGCUGCUGCAAGCUUGCGUUCGCUCGGAAUUGGUGUUGCUGGCCUAUGGCAUGCACCGUCUAGCCUCGUUGCUGUUGGUGCUGGACUUUGUGCACAUGGGCAGCCCUGCACCGCUACAGGCCUACUGCCGCACAGAUUCUCCUCCCUUGGCCUAUGGCGUCACCCGGUCGGACAGCCCAUCGCCAACUCUGGACUUGGUGCACCCAGGUUUCCCACUGCCACCGCGCAGUUUUGCAUGCAUGGAGGCCUUGACGUUGCUGUAUGGAGUGAUGAAGUUGGACUCAAUGCCGCUACUCCUGGACUAUACCCACAUUGGCCUUUCACUGCCUCUUCGCAGCUACGCGUGCACGGAUCUGUUGACUCUGGCCUUUGGACUAACGAAGUUGGACUUUCCUCCAUUGUCACUUGACUUUGGGCAUAUCGACUCUUCCUUACUGCCACGCUCUUUUCUGCGCUUGGGCUUUAGCAUGCCCACAUACGGCCUGGUUAAGCUCGACCUGCUGCUACUUGCCCUUGAUUUCAUCAAUCCGGACUGCUUCGUGGGGGCAAGCUCGCUGCCACUGCAGUCGCUUGCUUGCUUGGGCUUUAGCCUUCCUGUCUAUGGCUUGGUGAAUCUAGGCCUGGCCCCCCUAGUUUUGGAUUUUGUUCAUCCGGGCCUGUUCUUGUUUAUGCGCAGUCCCAUUUGGCCGGAACUUGCCCUGCCCGCCUACGGUCUAUCUCGACUGGGCUCCUUAAUGUUUGCUCCGGAUCUCUUGCACUUAGAGCCAUUCCCAUCGCUGCAAGCUCACUGCCGCCUGGACUUCACCACGUCUCCCUAUGGAGUCGCUACCUUAGAGCCCAGCAUGCCUGCUCUGGAUCCCGUAAAUCCCGAGUCCAUGACGUCGGUAAGGAGCUUCGUGUGCCUUGGCUUGCCGUUGUCCGCGUCUGGCAUGAACUGCUCGGGCUGGGGCAUGUCGGCUCUGGACUUCGUGCACAUGGACUUGAGCUUUUCAUUGCAAGGUCUUGCCUGCUUUGAUCCUUUGCCCUCAGCCUAUGGAGUUUGCAAUCCCGGCCCAGCAUUGCUCGCUCUGGAUUUCCUGCAGUUCGGGUUCGCGCCGCCCUUGCGAGGAUUCUUGCGACUUGGCCUUUCCAUGCCUGUCUUCGGGAUUGCCCGCUUGGGCUCGAUGUUGCUGGCCCUGGACUCUAUCCAUCCGGGUUUGUUGCUGCUUCUUCGAGGCCUCGCCAAAUUGGGAUUCCUGUCAUCUGCAUAUGGCAUGUCCUGGCCAGGGCCUCUGUUGCCGACUCUGGAUUUUGCACACACAGGAAGUUUGCCGUUGCUUCAUAGUGCUAUUCAGCUGGACCCGGCAACGCCCUUGUAUGGGCUGACGCGGCCUGAAUCCUUCCUUUCUCUGCUUGACUUUCUAUCCUCAGAUUUCUCGAUGCCUCUGCAAUCGCUUGUCCGUCUGGGCCUCCCGACUCUGGUGUAUGGCAUGGUUCGCCUGGAAUUGCUAAUGCCAGCUGCCGACCUUGUGCACUUGGACUUGCCGCUGCCGCCCAAGACGCUCUCACAUUUGGGCCUUGUGCUUCCUGUCUACGGUUUGGUUUGCCUAGGUUUCAGCCUGCCCGCUUUAGACUUCAUGGACUCAGGGCCUGCUUUCUCUCCAAGCAGUUCUGUGCACCCGGGACCCUUCUUGCUGGUGUACGGGAUGACCCGAAUGGGUUUUAGUCUACUUGCGCUGGACUAUGUACAAAUGGGCUCAAUGACGCUGCUGCGCAGCUUCUUGCGCCCAGACUCUCUAUUGCCAGCCUACGGGCUUGUGCGCUCAGACCUUAUGCUUCUCGUGUCAGACCUUGUGAACACUGGACUGUUGGUGCUGGCACUUGACAUCAUCACACUUGGAUCCCUGCUGCUGUUGCGGUCACUUAUCUGGCUGGAGCCUUUGCUGUUCCUCUACGGCAUCGCGAAGCCGGGUCCACCUCUGCUGGUGCUGGACUUCGUCAGCGCAGGCCUUUUCACGUUUGCUCUUGACUCUUCCCACUUCGGAAGCUCUUUGCCUUUGCAAAGCCUUGUGCAUCUUGAUCUCACACCGUCUGCCUACGGCCUCACGCGCUUAGAACUUCUUCUGCCUGCUCUUGAUUUCGUCCACCUGGACUUCAUGAUGAGUUCCGUUUGCACUGGCUCGGUCAUGUCUGCCUACGGCAUGCAGAGGCUCGGCCCCAUCCUGUUGGUUCCUGAUUACAUCACAGCAGGAUCGUCGCCAUUUCUGCGUAUGCAUGCUCAAGUGGGGUUGGCGUCGCUGGUCUAUGGCAUGGUCCGAUCAGGCCUGAUGAUGCUGUUGUUGGAUUCCGUGCACUCAGGAUCCGGCUUGCUAGUUCGCAGCUUCACAAGGACCGGUGCUCCAAUGCUUGCAUAUGGACUGGUUUGGUUGGACUUGUCCAUGCCCUCACUGGACCCUGUUCACCCCGGGCUGCCGUUGCUUCUGCACAGCUAUGCGCAAACGGGAUCAUUGCCGUUGCUUUACGGCUGCGUGCGCCUCGGCUCGCUCACGUUCUUGCUGGAUUCUUGCAGUUCCGACUCCGCCACGCCGUUGCGUAGCUUUGCCUGUUUGGAAUCACUCCCGGCUGCAUACGGAGCAAGCUGCCUUGGACUCUCAAUGUUCGCUCUUGACUUCAUGGAGUCUGACCCUUCAGUGCCACUGCAGGCAUUCAUCUGCUUUGGUUUGCCAGCGUUUGCUUAUGGCCUGACCUGCCUCGGUGUGCUGCUGUCAAUCAUUGACCUUCUGCACUCAGAGCCUUCGCCAUCCUUGCGCAAUCAUGCACGGUUGGGUUCAGUGUUGCUAGCCUUUGGGAUGGUGUGCCUCGAAUUUCUGCUUCCAGCCUUAGACCUCGCUCAUUUCGGCUUGCCUUUGCCCUUGCGGAACCACAUGCAAGUUGGCUUCACGAUCCUUGCCUAUGGCAUGACCAGGACUGGGCUGUUGCCAUCAGCUUCGGAUUUCGCUCACAUGGCACCUUCCGUGCCUUUGCAUGGUUCCGUGAAGAUCGGCCCAAGUCUGUCCUUGUUCGGCUUGUCUUGGACGGGCCUGUCACCACUCGUGCUUGACUCUAUCCAAACUGAGCUGCCAACGUUGCCACGAGGCCUCGCCUGCCUUGGCAGCCCGUUUUCAAUCUUUGGAUUGGCAUGGCUGGAGGCUUCACUCUUCGUUCCUGACCCUGUCUCCAUCGACUCAUUGCUGCUACUCAAGAGCUUUGCUUGCACCGAACUGCCGCUGUUUAUCUAUGGCAUGGUCUGCCUCGGAGCUUUAUUGCUGGUUCUCGACCAUGUGCAUCUUGGCCUGCUUUCAUCCUUGCAAGGACUUGGCUGCCCUGGCUCUUUCUUGUCAGCCUAUGGCAUGGCUCGGUCAGAUUUCCUUAUGCUGGUCUCGGACUAUGUGACUACCGGACCGUUGUCGCUUUCACAAACCUCUGCUCAGCUGGAUCCGUCGAUGUUCACCUACGGUAUGUCAGCCCCAGACUUGUUGAUGCCAACACCUGAUUCUGUUGCUCUUGACUUGCCACUGCUGAUUGACUCUGCGUUGCUUGUCUAUGGGCUUACUCGGCCAGACCCCCUAUUGCUCGUGCUGGACCCUGCGAACAUGGAGCCUUUCCUGUCGGUGCAAUCUUUCGUGAGAAUGGGGCCGCUUACACUGGUCUACGGCAUGACCCAGCUCGACUUUUCCCCAUCGGUCUUGGACUUUGUCCACUCAGGAAGCAGCUUGCUACUGCGUGGCCUUGUUUGUCCAGGGUUGCUGUUGCCAGCCUAUGGCAUGUCCCGUACAGGCCCUCUCAUGCUUGCCUUAGACUGCGUGCAUCCUGGUUUCCCGCUACCGUUGCACUAUCCUGCUUGUCCGGGCUUCUCACCGCCAAUCUCUGGCAUGGCGUGGCUGGGGCUCUCAUUUCCAGCGUACGGAAUGUCCUGCCCGGACCUGCCACCCUCUGUGCCCGAUCCUGUUCGGCUGGACAGUGCACUGCCCUUGCGAGGCCUCUGCCGAUUUGACCUAUCGCUGCUGGUCUCUGGCAUGACGUGGCCAGAGCCUCCAAUGCCAACUCUUGACCUCCUGCACUUGGGGCUGUUCGUGCCUUCAAGAUCCAUGCUCCAAACCGGCCCGUUAAUGUUUGUUUUUGGCAUGGCCUGGCCUGAUGCUUCACUCCUUGUCCUGGACUUCAUCCAUCUAGAACCCGUGCUGUUGCCAAGAGCUUCUGCACAGCCAGGCUUUCUCUUGCCUGUAGCAGGCCUAGCGCGAUUGGGUUCGCCUCUCCUAGUCCCUGACUUCAUCCACCCUGGCUUGCCCUUGCCGCCAAGAGGCCUUGCAAAGAUUGGCUCGGUAAUGCCAGUGUAUGGCAUGACUUGCCUUGGCCUGUUGCUGUUCAUUUUGGACAUGUGUCACCUCGGUUUGCCCUUGCUGCCCCGAUCUUUCAUCUGGCCUGAUCCGGUGGUACCCGUCUAUGGAAUGGUUUGGAUGGGACUUUCACUGCUAGCGCUCGACUCUGUGCACCCAGGCUUCAGCUUGUUGCUCCAGCAUUUCGCACGGUUUGGGCCGCCGGCCUUGCCCUAUGGCUUCAUGAGAGUGGGCUUUCUUCUGUUGGCACUGGAUUUUGUGCACUCGGACUUUUUAACUACGUCUCCUGCACUUGAUCACACCAACUUUGGAAGCGCGCUGUUGAUUCAAACGAUUGUUCAAUUGGAUGUGUCCUCGUUUGCCUAUGGCUUAUGCAAGCUGGGCCUGUUGCUCCCCAUGCUAGACCUCCUUCAGAUGGAUUUCAUCUUGUCCCUGAGAUCCUUCGCGCGAGUGGGCUUGCCUAUCCCCGCCUCUGGCCUGAUGAGGCUUGGGUUUUUGCUUCUGCUACUGGACUUUGGUCAUCUAGAUUCUGCUCUGCUUAUCCGGACAUCUGUGCAAAUCGGCUUGGCCCCGUCUGCCUACGGCAUGCUUUGCCUUGGCUUUAGCCUGCCUGCACUUGACCAUGCGAGCUUGGGCUUCAUGCCAUCCUUGCGUGGACACGCCUGCUUGGGACCCAUCAUGCUUGCCUAUGGCAUGACGCGUUUAGGCCUCUCUUCGCUGAUGCUGGACCCCAUUCAUUCAGACCUCCCUCUGCUGCCGCACGGUCACAUUUGCUUGGGAUUCGUGAUGCUUGCAUCUGGAAUCACCUGGCCGGGGCUCAGUUUGCUAGUCCUGGAUUCUACGCAGACGGGCCUAUCACUUUCUCCUCGCAGCUACUUGCAUGCUGGAUCCAUUUUGUUGGCCUAUGGACUCGCGUGUUCGGGUCUGCCACUGCUUGUGCUUGACCACAUCCACUCAGGGCUGGCCAUGCCCCUGCGGAGCUCUCUGCAAACUGGAUCCUUGUCAUUGGCCUACGGUGUGGCACGCUGCGACUUUCCGAUGCCAACUUUGGACUUUGUUCAUUUGGGGCCAGCGCUUCUACUGAAGACUCCUGCUUGCACUGGCCUUGCGCCGUUUGCGUAUGGCAUGUCUUGCCUUGGCUCAGUCUCGCCUGUGCCAGACCCCUCGAACUUGGACUUUCCGCCAUUCCCUCAGGGCCUUUCCCUGCUGCUUCAUACACCUAGCUGCCCUGAACCUGCAGCUUCUGCCUAUGGCAUGGCGCGGUCAGAGCCGUCCUCCCCAGUCCUGGAUCACAUUAGUGUGGGACUCUUGCUUCUGGCGCAUGGCCUUAGCUGCCUGGGAUCUCUCCCUUCGAUCUACGGAGUCACGCGCUUGGGAAGCUUCCUGCCGCUCCCUGACUUCAUCACUGCUGGGUCAAUCCUGCUGCUCCGUGGCCAUGCCCGUAUGGGAGCUGGAUUGCCUCUCUCAGCACAAAUGCUCGUGCGCCCGGGUUCCUCCCUUCUUGCAUUCGGGCUGGCUAGGUUGGGAUCCUCCUUGCCUGUCCCGGACAUGAUCGCAAUUGACUUAUCGUCGCCCUUGCGAACCUUCAGCUGCAUGGACUUUCUACUGCCUGCAUACGGCAUGUUCUGGCCAGGCUCUGCUCCUUCUGUGCCGGAUUCCAUCAAAACAGAGCUACCCCUGCCACUCCAAAGCUACAGCCAGCUGGACUUCUUGAUGCUUGUUUACGGUCUGACUUGCUUGGACUCAACCUCGCUUGUGCUGGAUCUUGUCGGGCUUGACCUGUCGUCAUUGCUCCGAGCAUCCUUCCAUCUUGGCUUGGUUCCACCAGCAUAUGGAUUGUCACGUCCAGGCCCUUUGUUUCCGGCGCUUGACCACAUCCACUCAGAAAGUAGUAUGUCGUUGCAUGGCUCUUUCCGCCUAGGGCCUGUGCUGUUUACCUACGGUCUGGCAUGUUCGGAACUAUUCUUGCUGGUCCUGGACUCCAUUCACCUUGGGUUGCUGUUGUCAACCCAAGGCUUUGCGAGAUUGGAGGUUUUCUUGCUGCCUUUUGGAAUGACUCGUUCAGAUUUCUUGCUCCCCAUCCUUGACUACGUCCAUAUGGGGUUGUCCUUGCCGCUUCAAUCUCGCAUGCGGCUGGGCUUUUCACUGUUUGUCUAUGGCAUCGUGCGACUGGGUCUGCUAUCGCCGACACCUGAUCAUAUUCAGCUUGGUUCGGCGAUUUUGCCACGCAGUUCCUGCCAACUGGGCUUCUUUGCGUUCGUCUAUGGUGUGAGCACACUGGGCUUGUCCACUUUUGCCCUAGACUUCAUACAGCUCGGGCUGGCCCUGCCUUUGCGCAGCCCCACGAGACUGGGGCCCCUGCUGUCAGCGUGGGGCAUGACACGCUCAGAGCCUUCACUGCUUGCUAUGGAUCUUGUGCACUUGGGUCUGAUCCUACUGACACCUGAUUCUGUGAACCUUGAACCGAGCUUGUUGAUGCAAGGCUUCAUGAUUCUGGCGUACGGCCUGACUCGGACCGAAUCGCCCUUGCUGCUUCUCGACUCCGUUAGUUCAGGAUUUCUGCCACCUUUGCAAGGAUCCGUGCGCACGGGCUUUCUGCCGCUUGUCUUUGGCAUGACAUGCCUGGGACUCCUUAUGCCGUUGCCAGACCUUCUGCAUUUGGACUCUCUGCUAUUUCCUCGAAGCUUCGUGCAAGCCGAGCUCCUACUGCCUUUGUCCGGCAUGGUGCGCCCAGAUUCACUGCCUUCCAUCCUGGUCCGGGUCAUUGAUGUCUGUUUAUGGGAUGACUGCGAUGGAACCAUCACUGUUGGCCUUGGCCACACUCGUUUUGAGGUGCCACUGUUCGCCUAUGGCAUUACUUGCAUCGGCCUGCUAUCACCUGUGUUGGACAUGGCAUGCGCGGGCAGCUUCUUGUCCUUGCGAGGAUAUUUGUGUCCAGGGCCCUCAUUGCUUCCUUAUGGCAUUAGCCGGCCUGGGCCAUCCUUACUGGUCCUCGAUCGCAGCACGCUGGGCUCCCCACUCCCGACGCGGAGUCUCGUUUGCACAGGCUCGCCACUGCCAGCCUUUGGCCUGGCAAAGCCUGAGCUGUUCUUGUUGGUACUGGACCUCGUCCAAGCAGAGCCUGCCUCGUCUCUCCAAACAUUUUUGAGGCUUGGCUUGCUGCUGCCGACAUAUGGCCUGGCAUGUGCCGGCCUCUCUCUGCCAGCCCUUGACCCCGCUUCGACGGAUGCCCCUUUGCCAAUCAGAGGUUCCGUUCACUUGGGUAUGCCUCUGCUGACAUUUGGUAUGAGUUGGCUGGACUUGCCUUUACUGACUUCGGACCUUGUGAGCCUUGGCUCGCUGCUGUUGCUGAGAUCAUUCUGCCACUCUGAGUCCUUAGUAGCUGCAUAUGGACUAACUCGAUCAGAGCUGCCACUUUCGGUGCCAGACCCUAUCCACUGUGGCUUGCUUUUGUUUUUGCGCAGCUUUAUUUGCACUGGCAGCCCAGCCUUUGCCUCUGGCCUGGCCCAUCCCGGACUCAUUUUGUCGCUCCGGAGCCUCCUCUGCACGGAAAGCUUCUCGUUGGUUUACGGCCUCAGUCGCUCAGGGCCGCUUCUGCUGCUUCUGGACUCUGGACACCUGGGCCUUUUGCCGUCCACUCGAGGAUCUGUAUGCUCGGGUCCGGCCUCGUUUGUUUACGGCAUGAUCCGGCUUGAGCUGCUCCUGCCUUUACUUGAUUUUGCACAUCCCGACUUGUUGCUUCUGAUCCAAACGCUUGCCUGCCUGGGCCUAACCGUGCCAGUCUUCGGCGUUGCUCGAUUGGGCUCAAGCCUGUCUGUGCUGGAUCUUGUCUGUUUGGUAAGCUUGAUGCCGUUGCGGAGCUCUAUGUGUCUUGGGCCUGCACUUCUAGCAUAUGGAUGCACAUGGCUGGGUCCCUUGCCGUUCAUUCCAGACUAUGCGCAGGCAGGGCUCCCACCCUCACUUCAAACUCAUGCUUGCAUUGGACCGAUGCCUUCAGUCUUUGGCAUCACGAGGUCAGGAAGUUUGCCACCUGCACCGGACCCCUGCCACUCCGGCUCUCCAUCCUUCCCACAAAGCUUCUCGAGGGCGGGCUUGCUGCCGUUGGCAUACGGUCUAGUCAGACUUGGCGUUUUGCUGUUUGUGCUUGAUCUUGUCCAUCCAGAGCUGUCACUGCUGCCAAGGUCAAUGGCACGCUUUGGGUCUGCGCUUUCGGCAUAUGGUAUAUCUCGCUUGGGCCCCAUCUCGCUUUUGCCAGAUCACGGCCAUCUCGACAGUGCAGCCUCGCUUCGUGGGUAUGCUCGACUUGAACCUAGCCUCCUGGUCUAUGGAUUGAUGUGCCUUGAGCCCUCACCUUUCGUUCCCGACUUCGUGAACCUUGGCUUGGCCCUGCCGCUGCAAACCCUCCUUCAGCCAGGGCCUUUGCUGGUAACAUACGGCGCAAGUUGCCCUGGCAGCAUGCCGUCGGUCCUGGAUUCUGUCAACACCGACUUACUACUGUCCUCGCAAUCUCUUGCUUGUUUGGGACUGAUACUGCUGACCUAUGGCUUGGUUCGAUUGGACUUCUCACUGCUCUUGUCAGACCUUGCACACUGCGGUCUUAUGCUGCCUGCUCGUAGCCUUGUGCAACUGGGCGUUGUGAUGCUUGCCUUCGGCCUGUCCACUCUCGGCUUCACGCUGCUGGUGCCGGACUCCGUGGCCACCGGCCCUCCCAUGUCGCUGCAAUCCUUCAUGCGGUUUGGUUCAGUUUCACCUGCCUACGGCUUAGUCCGACUCGGCUUCAGCCUCUCUGUGUCGGAUCAUGUGCAUUCUGGCCUCCCAAUGUCGGCGCGGUCUCUCGUUUGCAUCGGCUCCAGCACGCUGGUCUAUGGCCUGUCCUGGCCAGAAACCUUUUCAUCCGCUUUGGACAUGUCAAAUGUGGGUGCUUUGCCUUUGCUCCGUGGCCUUGCAUGCCCUGAGCCGACAUUGCUGGCAUAUGGCCUGUCUCGCCCAGAGCUUCCGUUGCCGGUGCUUGACAUGGCCAUUUCUGGUCCGCCUCCACCUUUGCAGUCGCUCAUGCAAACUGACUCCACUCCGUCAACCUUCGGCUUGGCGAGGUUGGAGCUGAGCCUGUUGGUGUCAGAUUGUGCUAGCCCAGAGCCGCCUAUGUUGCCACAAAGCCUCUUCUGGAUGGGCCCGCCCCUGUUGGCCUAUGGCCUGUCAUGUCUGGACGUGUCACUGUUGGUACCGUCAACACAGUCCCUGGUCCAACUGGGCGUAUCCCCGCUGGCAUAUGGACUGUCGCAACCAGGCUUCCUGCCGCUGGUCUUGGACUUUGUCAACACAGGAAGCGUGCUGUCUCUACAGUCCACCGCUCGUUGCGGUGUAUCCAUCUCUGUAUAUGGCUUGUCUUGGCUAGAGCUGCCGGUUCUUUUGCUGGAUUCCAUGACAGUGGGUUUGCCAAUGUUCUUACGAUCCUUCAUGCGUCUUGGUGUGGUGUCGUUGGCCUUUGGCUUGGCUCAAACCGGAAGCUUGCCACCAGUCCCAGACUCUGUGAACGCUGAGCUGUCCUUGCCACCCCGAACCUCCGCACAGCCUGGACUGACACUCCCUGCCUACGGCUUGGUGCGACCUGACGUGCCUUCAUUCACGCUGGAUUUUGCAACUUUUGGUUUGUUUUUGUUGCCCCACACUUUCUGUUGUCUGGGAUUUACGGCUCCAAUGUACGGCAUCAGCUGUUUGGACUUACCUCCUUCCGCUCUUGAUCUUGUGCAAAUGGACAGCUCCCUAUCCGUGCACAGCUUCGUUUGCUGUGGCCUGUCUACGCUUGCAUCUGGCUUGAACAGAUCGGAUGCUUCCAUGCCGGCCUCAGAUUUUGUGCAUUUGGAGUCGAAUACGGCCUGCUACGGCUCAGCUCUUUCGGCGUUCGGAAUGGCCUGCUCUGGUUUGUCGCCACCUGUCUCAGACAAUACGGCCAUGGGCUCAUCCUUGUCCAUGCAAAGUCUCGGGUGGCCAAGCUUCUCGCUUUCAGUGAGCGGUGUGGGAUGCUCUGGCUUUUUGCUGUUCACGCUGGAUCCUUCAGACUUGGAAAGUGCGUUGUCCACGAGAUCACUUGCUUGCUUGGAAGCCGCCGCCUCAGCUUCUGGUGCAGGCUGCUUCGAUCUGCCCAUUCCAGCGUUUGAUCACUUGCGGCUGGGACUCUUCAUGCUACCCAGAAGCUCCGCUUGCCUUGACUUCUUCCUGAUGGUGUUUGGUAAAGCACGUUCUGACCCGCUGAUGUUGGCCUUGGACUUCUUGCACUUGGCACCAACUCAGUCGCUUCAGUGCCUCAUGCGGGGUGGGCUUCCUUUUGCCACCGUCCGGCGAGCUGAGACUGGGCUUGAGAGCUUCACGUCAGCCUUCGGGCUUCUAAGAUUUGACUUGUUGGUUCUGGUGCUGGACCUUAGUCACUCUGGCAGCACCAUGCCUGUGCGCAGCCUUGGUUGGGCAGGGUUUGCUUUGUCAGUUUUUGGACUGGCACGUCAUGGAUUGCUGGCUUCGGCAUCUGAUCCUGCACACAUGGAGCUCAUCCUGUUUGUUCGCAGCAUGGCACAAGUAGGUCUAGCUCUGCCGGCGUUUGGCAUCGGUUGCUUGGGCGCGCUGCUUUCUAUGUCGGGCGUCGCGGAGUCUGGCUCGGCAUUGGCGCUGCGCAGCUUUGGGCACCCAGAUUCUGUGCCGUCUGUCUUUGGCUUAGGUUGCUGUGACUCCUCGUCUCUGGUCUCCGACUCUUCAAUGUCUGGGUCCCCGCCAUCCGCGCAAGGUUUCGCAAGGAUGGGCCUGUUUCUGUUGACCUACGGGAUGGUGUGUCCUGGAGCAAGCCUGCUGGCCUUAGAUUUCAUAAGUGGUGACUUGUUGCUGCUGCCACAAAGCUUUGCCUUUCCUGGCUCGUUCCUUCCUGUGUCUGGCACCGCCUGGUUUGAUCCCUUGAUACCAAUGCCUGACUACCUGAGGUUCCCCAAUGUUAUUCCAGAACCUCGGAUGACCCGGUUCCGCCUUGUUGGCCUGCGGAGUUUUGGAAGGUUGGGCCUCGCUUCGCCAGUCUUUGGGCUAGCCCGAUUUGGGUCCAUGCCGCUUGCAUUUGACCUGGUUCACGGCGGCUUGUCACUGCUUCUUCACAGCUUUGCACGACUUGGCCUCCCUGCCCCGAUCUUUGGCCUCCCUUCACCGCCCUUUGGGCAAACUCGCCUGGGUCCGCUCCUGCUGGCGCUGGAUGUCGGGCAUCUUGGCUCUCCACCUUCCCUGCGCAGCUCCGCGAGAUUGGACUCAGCAACAGCAACUUCUGGUGCAGCAUGUUACGGAUCGUCAGCAUCUGCUCUGGACCUCACUUCAUUGGGGUUGACAUCUCCAGUGCAAAGUGCAACCUUCAUGGGAAGCGUGCCUCCUGCCUUUGGCAUUGCCUGCUCUGGACUGCUGGCUCCCUCACUGGACUACCUGACUCUUGGAUCAACAAUGUUGCUGCAAGCGAUAGGCUAUCUUGGCCCGAUCUUGCCAGCCUUCAGCUUAGCGCGAUGUGGGGCAUCUGCUCUAGUGCCCGACUGUGCAAGCUUCGGCAGCCUGCUGUUGCUGAGAGCCUGCUGCCGGCCGGGUGCUGCAUCAUUUGCCUUCAGUUGUGGCCGUUCCGGAUCCCCUCUACUUGCACCUGACCUUCUGCGCCCUGAUUUGUUGUCAUUGUUGCAGGCUAUGGGUCAUUUGGACUCCGCACCACCUGCCAUGUCUCCUGUCCGCUCGGGUUUGACAUUGAGCGUGCCGGAUCUGGCAGAAACUGAGUUGAUGUUACCAUUAAGAUCAUGUGGUCGUCUUGGCUCAAGUCCGUCUGUCGCCGGCUUAGCACGGCCAGGGCUCUUGUUGAUAGCUUUGGAUUCAGUGCAUCCAGGCCUGCCACUGCUGAUGCAGUCUUUCAGCAGGCUUGGGUCUGUUCUGUUGGCCUUGGACCUCUUACAUUCAGGCUCCCUUCCGUUGCUGAAGGAACGUGCAUGCAUGGAACCGUUGUUUUCGGCCUUUGGCGCAAAAUGCCCUGGACUGCCGAUGCCAGUGCUGGACCUUACGAUACCUGGCUUUGCUUUAUUCGUGCGAAGCAUGGCGCAACCUGGCCUAGCACUUUCGGUUUCAGACUUCUUGCGGAUGGGUUCUUUGCUGCUGGUCAGGAGUCUCGCUCAGCCAGGACCCGCCUCUCCGGCCUUCGGUGCAGCUCGCUGCGGUCUUACGCUGCCUACGCUUGACUCCGCAUCUCUAGGCUUGGUGCUGCCGCAGAGAAGUUGCGUGCGUCUUGGCUUUGCCACCUCUGUGUCUAGUUGUGCGCGCUUUGGGCUUUUAGCAUCGGUGCCGGAUUUUUUGCACUCAGAGUUUGUGAUGCUGCUGCAAUCCUCUGCUCAACCAGGUUCUGGCUUCCCAGUGUUCAGCCGGGUUGGUUUUGAUGUGUUGCUGUUAGUCUUGGACUCCGUGGAUCCGGAUGCAGCUUUGCCUCUUCGCAGCCUUGCUUGCACAGAGGCCUCUGCCUCAACCCUUGACUUUUUGAACAUGGGUUUGUCUUCAUUUGUCCGAAGCAUGUGCCGCCUUGGCCUGUCUAUGUCUGUCCUGGACUUCCUGCAUCCUGGGUUUCCGUUUAUAGCGCGUGCACUCUCAAGAUUCGGAUUGACAUCCUUGCUUCGGAGCCUUGCCUGCAUUGAACCGGCCUUUCUACCUUUCAACUCGGUUCGGCUGGAAGUCUUGUUGGCAGCAUCGGACUCUGGCCACCUGGGCCCGUCAUCGCUGGCUCGCAGCUUCGGUAAGCUCGGUUCAGCAGUUGCAGCUCUGGAUCUCCUUCGACCGGAGUCUUCCCCCUUGCCACAUUCGCUUGGCCGGCUAGGCCUGUGCCUGUCAGUGUCUGACAGCAGCCGAUUGGGUUCAGCGCCAGCGGCCUUGGAUUUCGUCCACACAGGCCCAGCCCUGUUCGCUCGAAGUGCUGCCAGGCCAGGUGCUGUGCUUUUUGCGUUCAGCCGGUCGAGCCUUGGACUCCGGCCAUUUCUUCUGGAUUGUGCAAACCCAGGUGUGCCUUUGUCAUUACAAAGCAUGGGGUGCUUAGGACCUGGCUCCUUGGUGUGGAGUGCAGCUCGCCUGGAUCCAAUUCCAUCAACAUGUGAUAUGUUGCACCUUGACCCUCCCUUGUCCCUGCGGAGCCGUGCCCAAUCUGGCCUUGCAGUGCCAACUUCGGACUUCCUGGAGCCAGGUAGAGCUUGCUCGGGCCUGGUGCUUCUGGCUUCCAGUAGGAUUCAACCAGAAGUUUUCAUGCCAGCCCCGGAUCUCCUUCACCUGGACCUUUCCUUGCUACUGCGAAGCAUGGGCAGAUUUGGCUCCGGAGUGUCGAUUUUCAGCGUCGCACGGUUGGGAUCUUCUACGCUUGCCUCCGACCACGUGGAGAUUGAUCCUUCAUUGCUGAUGCAGUCAUUUGCCCGUCUCGGCCUUGCCUCCACCCUCAUGGCUGGCUGCCGAAUUGACCUCCCGCUGCUGGCCUCGGAUGUCACAGAAUCCGGCAGCACCUCAUCACUGCGUUCAUGUGGACGUGUAGGGCCGCCUCUCUUGAUCUUCAGCAGCUUUCGCUCUGAGUCGCCGGCUUCAGCUCUGGAUUUCUUGAACCUCGGCCCUCUGCUUCCCCUGCAGUCAUUCGCGUGUAUGGGCUUUCUAUUCCUAGUCUUCGGUGCUGUUUGUGUGGGUUUUGCUGUGCCUGCUCUUGACCACUCACUUCCUGAAGUGGCGAUGUCAGCUCGAUCUUCUGCUUGCAUGGAUGUCUCUUCCUUGGUCUUUGGUAGAGCGAUGAUGGGCUUGAGCCUGCUUCUGCUUGACUUUAUGGAAACUGGCCCUGCCAUGGCUGUGCGCAGCUUCUCUCGGGUUGGGUCACCUUUUCUUGUAUAUGGAAGCGCAAGCUUGGGAUCCACGCCCCCUGUGCUGGACUUGGCGAAGAUGGGCCCACCUACGCUGCUGCAAGCUUCAUGCAGACUAGGUUUGCCGAUGCUGGUCUUCACCUGCGUCCGCCCAGACCUGCUUACGCCAGUCCUUGAUGUUGCUCAUCUUGACUCAAUGCUGCUUUUGCGAUCCACGGGGCGGCUUGGCCUUGCUGCAUCCGUGUUUGGCAUGGCAUGCUUUGGCUUCUUGGCGUUUGCACUCGACUAUCUACACCUGGGAUCCUCGUUGCUCUCAAGGAGCUUUGGGCACCUGGAACCAGCAUCAUUUGUAACUGGUGUUUGUCGAGCUGACGUGCCUAUGGCUGCGUCUGAUCUUUCGAGUUAUGGCCUGCCAAUGCCUACUCAAAGCCCCGCGACUUCGGGACUUGUGUUGUUGGCAUUCGGCAUGUCUCGGACAGGGCUCACAUCAUCGGUGUUCGACAUGGGUGAUCUAGACUCACCUACCUCCGUGCAAAGCCCCGCCAGGCCUGGCAGCAUGCUGCCUCCCUUUGGCUUUGCUUGUUCUGGUCUCUCCCCAUUCAUCCUGGACUCUGCGGACCCUGGUUCAGGCCUGCCAGCAAGGAGCAUGACACAACUUGAACCUGCAAUGCUGGCCUUCCGUGUGGUGACUCCUGAGCUGCUACUGUCAGUCCUUGAUCUUACACACUCUGGACCAUUGUUUCCUGUCAAGAGCAUUGGGCUUCUGGGGUCUGGUAUGCCAACAUGGGGAAGUGCACGCCUUGACAUGUCACUUGCUGCCCUGGACUUAUCGACUCCAGAUGCAUCGUUGUCGGCUCGGAGUGUAGCACGCCUUGAAGCUUCGACUUCCAUCUGCGCUCGCGUUCGGCAGGGGGAUGGUAUGCCUAUCUUUGACUUCCUGCAUUCGGAGGCUUCCACGCUUCUUCGGAGCCAUGGUCACUUUGACUCCGCAUUGUCUUUGUUUGGUGAAGCCUGGUCUGGCAGUUUCUUGCUUGUGUUUGAUUCCACUCACUCAGGACCAGCUUUGCCCUUGCGGUCUUGUGCGCAGUCGGGUGCACCUUUUACUGCAUUCAGCGUCAGCAGGAUGGAGGCUUUGAUGCCAACAUUAGAUUUUCUUCAUCUUGGCUUUCUACUGUCCCUGCAUUCAUCAGCCUGGUCUGGCACACCUUUGCUUGUGUUUGGUUUAGCAUGCUGUGGAUCCAUGCCACUUGCGCUAGACCUGGCCAGCCCCGACCCUGUACUGUCCGUAAGAAGCUUUUCAGAACCCGGCUCUGCCUUGGUAGUGUCUGGACUUGCGCGCCUAGACCUGACAUCAUCUGCUCUGGACACUGCUGCAUUAGAAGCCUGCCUGCUGGCGCAAAGUGCUGCAAGGACGGAGUUGGUAACUUCUUUGUUUGGUGAAGCCCGACCGGAACCAACCGCGUCAACGUUUGACCUUGCUCACCUCGAAUUCACAUUCUUGCUGCAGUCCUCUGCGCGGCCAGGGCUGUCGAUGCUUGUCUCUUCUUCCGUGAGGCUAGGACUUCCUCCACCAGUGUUGGACAUGACUCACCUUGAUCCGCCAAUGCUGCUCCGCGGCUGCGCACGACUGGGCCUCCCGCUGUUGGCCUUGGACUGCUCACUGCUGGGUGCGCCGCCUUCUUUGAAGAGUGUGGCUUGCCCGGGCACUUCGCUGGCACCGUUCUCGACCUCUCGGCCAGGUGUGAUGCCUACUGCCUUUGAUUUUGCAGGCUAUGAACCGACGCCUUUUGUGAGAGCCGCAGCAAGACUUGGAUCCACAUCCCCACCCUUUGGCUGGGCGAGGAUGGGCUUCAAUCUUGCUGUUCAGGCCUUUGCUAAGCCUGGCAGCAUGCUGCCUGCUUUCAGCCGGACGCACCUGGGCCUUCUACCUCCAGUUCUGGACUUCUCGCAGCCCGAACCAUCAUCAUUGGCGAGGUCACUCGCAUGGUCCGGACCUGCAAUGCCCACUUCGGACUUGCUUGCGAUUGGCUCGUCUACGUCGGCACGAAGCCUUGCUCAAACGGGUUUUCUGCCAUUGGCCUCCAGCCGCGUCGCCUCAGGAGCACCGCUGUCAGCUCUGGAUCUCCUGCACAUGGGGCCCACGGUGUUCUUGAGAAGCUGUGGUCGACCGGGCUUGGCAGCACUUCUUUGGGGCUGCGCUCGCUCUGACUCAUCACUGUCUCCCGUGGACUUUCUGCACCUUGGCCUGUCAGUCUCCAUGCGUUCCCUAGGCAGAUGUGGAUCGCCGCUGCCAGCCUCAUCCAGGGUGAGGUUUGGAUUGCUGCUGUUUAUUCUUGACUUCGUGGUGUUGGGCAGCCUUCUGUCUUUGCGAUCCCUUUCCUGCAUUGGCCCUCCUGUUGUUGUGUUUGAUUUUGCAAGAAUGGACCCAUUCUUGUUGGUGAGGAGUCUGGCGUGCUUAGGCUUAAUGCCUUUGGCACCUGGCAAGGCGCGCUCUGGGCUCUCCAUGCUUGUUCCAGACUUCUUGCACCUUGACUCCGUUGCAUCUACUCGAGGACAUUCUUGGCCUGGAUUGUUUCUACCAGCCCUGAGAUGUGCAAGACUGGGCCUUGCCUUAGUGGCAUUGGACUUCGCCAAUUCGGAAGUUCCGCUGUCCUUAAGAUCUUCCGCCUGGCUUGAUGCUGCGCUGCUCGCACUGACCCUGGCAAGAUUUGAAGUCUCUUUGGCGGUCCCGGAUUUCUUGCACCCAGGUGUUUCAACGUCAGCUCCAGACCUCGUUGUGCCUGACUCUUCUCUGCCUUUGCAACAUGCUGGCCAGCUAGAAGCUUCACUUCCCGCAAUUGACGCAUCUCGUCCUGACCUGAGCCUGUCCAUCCUGGACCCUGUAUCUUUGGGCUCGCCGCUGCCUUUGCGCAGCUCUGCGCAGUUGGGGCCUGCCGUGCUGGUCUUGGACUUUGCCCGCAUGGGGUUGCCUCCUACUUCGCAAAGCUUCGGACACUUGGAGGCCAUUCUGUCGGCUUGCGGCUUGUCCAGGUUGGGUUCAACAAUGCUUGCUUCGGACCUUGUGGCCCUUGGCUCGUCGCCGUUUACCAGAAGCCGUUCGUGGUUGGGCUUUCCCAUGCCGGCACCUGACCCUGCGCUCGUAGGUCCGGUGUUGUCACUGCAGUCACAUACUCAACCUGCCUCCACUGCAUCAGUUCUUGGGCUAGCACGCUUGGACUCAUCCUUGUUGGUUUCAGACCUUGCUCACUUUGGCUUGCCGGUGUUUACACAAAGUUGUUGCUGCAUGGGUUCUGCUUUGCUUGUGCUGGACCUCCUGAACCUGGAGCCAAGCCUGCCUCUGAGGGCGCUUUCGCGCAUCGGCUCCUUGGCGAAGAAUAGGUUCAACUACGUCUGCCGUUGGCAGAGCGCGGCUUGGACUUUCCCUGCUGGAUCGUCCUUCUUUUCACAAGGCCUUUCUUGUUCAGAGCUGUUCAUGCUGGUCCUGGAUCUCGCUCGGCCGGGCCUGACGCCACCGAUGCGCGGACUCGCUCGAGCUGGGCCGACUUUGUCGGUGUAUGGAAGUGGGAGAUUUGGUGCUCCGCUUUUUGUGCCGGACCUUCUUCAUUCAGAUCUCACCCUGUUCUUGAGGUCCUUCAGUCGGCUUGGUCUUUCUGUACCUGCAACGAGCAGGGCAAGUUUUGACAGCCCUCCUCCGGCAUUGGACUUUGCUGAGACUGGAGCUUCUCUACUGCUUCGCGCAUCUGCUUGUUCAGGCCUCACACCGCCUUUGAUCGGAAGAGCUCACCUUGGCUUGAGCAUGCUCCUGGUUGACUAUGUGACACCCGGUUUGCCGCUGCUCCUGCGCUCUUAUGCACAUGCAGACCUCGCAUUUCCGGUUUCAGGAAUCUCCAGGCCUGGGUCCCUGCCGCUGGCGCUUGACUUUGUGCAGCCAGAACUUUCUCCCUUGGCAAGGAGUUGGUUGCAUCCUGGUCUCAACCUGCCAGCCCUUGAUUUUGCGCGAUCUGAUGCCUUGCUGUCACUCAGGCUCAUCAUUGCCUCUUCAACAGUUCUCUUGCUGUGGUGUGUCCGUGUCGAUAUCCAGCGGCACGCAGUCUGGCGUUUCGCAAUGUCUGUGCCUGACCCUGCUCAGUCUGGCUUGUUCUUGCCUGCACGCUCCCUCAUGCGUCUGGAUGCAGCGCCUCUGGCAUCAGACUUUGCUCGAUUCGACUUUCUAGUGUCGCUGCGAGCCAUGAUCAGGAUGGGGCUGACUCUUCUGGCGACGGGAUGUACGCGUCUGGACCUCUCCUUGCUAGCCUCGGACUUUGUCUGCUCCGGACCCAAUCCGUUGCUGCGAAGCUCCUCCCGCCUAGAAGCCUUCAUGCUGACCUUCAACUACGCCAGGCUUGGGCCAAGUUUGCUGUCGCGAAGUAUGGCAAGACCUGAAAGCACUCUGCUUGUCUUUGACUCAGUCCGAUGCGGUUCUUCUGCGCCAGUCUCAGACUUCCUGCAUUUAGGCUUAUCGGUGUUGCCACGGGCACCCGCACGUGCUGGAUCCAUCACACUGGCCUCUGACAGGGUCAGGCUCGGACCGUUGCCUUCAGUGGCGGACUUCACCACCAUGGGGUCAUUGCUGCUGUUGCAGUCCUCCAGUUGCCUUGGCAGUGUAAUGCUAGCAUCAGAUACUGCAAACCUGGGACCAUCUCUGCUGUUGCGCAGCUACUGCUGCCCUGGCCUGUUUCUGCCACCCUUCAUGCGCGUACGGCUUGGCACUCCAUCGCUUGUUCUUGAUGCUUCCAGCUUCGGCCCAAUCCUUUCCCUGCAAAGCUUUGCAUGUCCAGGGCCCACCACCUUUGUGUAUGGUCUGACGUGUCUGGACUCCUCGCCAUCUGUACCAGAUCUUGUACACAUGGACCUGUUGGCUUCCUUGCGAAGCUCUGCGCACUUGGGCGUAGUAGCGUCGGUCCUGGACUUUCUGGAACCAGGCCCUACCUUGCCUGUGCACUCGCUUGCCCGGUCUGACUUGGCCUUGCUGGUUUUGGACUUCCUGCACCCGGGCUUUGUGUUGCUUCUGAGAUCUCUUGCGCGUGCCGGCCCCACUCCACUGGUGACGGGAGCCUCGCGACCGGGUCCUUUGCUGCUGGCCUCGGACCGGACGCUGCCCGGUCCGUCGCUGCUUCUGAGGAGCCCUGCACGGCCAGAAUUGCUGCUGCUGGCCCUUGAUUUCCUGAAAUCGGGCUCCACAUUACCCUUGAGGAGCUACUCGCAAUCGGGCUUAAGCUUUUUGGUGUUUGGAAGAUGCUGCCCUGAAACUUUCAUGAUGGCUCCUGACUUGGCCAAUUCGGGCUCCAUCCUGCUGAUGAGGUCCAUGCUUCACCUUGGCUCGACUCCGCUUGUCUGCGGAAUUGCUUGGCUUGGAUUUUCCAUGCUUGCGCCCGACUUUGUGCAACCAGGGCUGCUGCUGCUUCCCAGAAGCCACUUGCGUCUUGACUCAUGCGUCCUGGUAAUGGACUUUGCAGGCAUGGGCGUACCCACACCACUCCGAAGCCUUUCCCAACUGGAGUCUGCAGUCCCUGUCUUGGACUUCCUGCAUUCAGGCAGCUCCUUGUCGCUUCGUGCACUCAGCAGCCUCGGCUUCCCCAUGCUGUUGCUGGGAGUUUCUUGUUUGGAUGUCAUGCUGCUGGCGCUUGAUCCUGUCCAGCUCGAUGUGCCCGUCCCUUUACGUUCCCUCUCAAGGCUUGAAGCGCCACUCUUUGCUUCGGAGUUCACGUUGGGCUCAGCUUUGUCUGCUUCAGACUUCGUGAGCUUGGGUAGCGCGCUUUUGCCAAGGAGCCCCACACAGCUUGACCCAGCACCACUGACUUCGGACUUCGGCCGCAUGGGUCCGCUGAUGUUGCCACGCUCAUGGUCACACUUGGGUGCUUCCGUGCCCGUGACGGGUACCUGCCGGCUGGCGUCCAUGCUGUCUGCCUCGGACCUCACUGAGCUGGACUUGGUAUUGCUUGUUCACAGCUCUUGUCGGCUUGACCUGGCAUUGCCUGUGCUUGACCCCACUCGUCUCGGACUUCCUCCCCUGCUGCGCUCCCUCAGCCGUUUCGGAUUCUUGGUGCUCGUGCCCGGCUUGCCUUUGGCAGUUUUCAGUCGUGUGACACUUGGCUCAUUGCCACUAGUGCUGGAUUACCUGCACUCAGAAUUAUUGCCUUCCCUCAGAAGCUACGCGUGGCUUGAAGUGACCGUGCUUGCUCCUGAUUUUGUGAAGCCUGGUCUGCUGAUGUUCCUGAGAAGUCCUUGCCGCUCGGAUGCACUACCGCCUGCGCCAGGGUCAACGCGAUCGGGUUUCGUGUCCUUGCUGUCAGCCACUGAGUGCACGCACUUUGACUUUUCAUCGCUAGCUCGAAGCUUUACGCAUUUUGAACUCUUCCUUUUGGUGUUAGACCUUCUUCACCCGGACUUGCCCUUGUUCGCGCGGUCCUUCCAACGCACAGGGUCUACCGUCUUGGCCCUUGGAGAGCUGCGUCUGGGGCCCUUUCUCCCAGUGCUGGACUUCACAGUUCCGGAACCACCGCUGUCAGCGCGGAGCCUGGCCCGAUGUGGCUUGAUGCUGCUGGCACCUGACUUUCUGCAUUUAGGGCUGCUUCUUUCGAUGAGAUCCUGGGUGCAACCUGGAGCCACCCCACUGGUGAUGAGCAGUGUGCGCUUUGAGCCCAUGUUGCUCGUCCUGGAUUUUGCGCAUUUGGACUUGCUGCUGUUGCUUCGAAGCCUUGCUUGGGUUGGCUUGCCGAUAUUCGUGCCGGAUCUCCUCAACCUUGAAUCCCUGCUGUCGAUGCAAGAUCCCAGCAGACCGGGCCUCACAGUGCCUGUCUCCGGAAUGACAUGUCUGGGUUUGAUUUUGUUGGCACCUGAUUCUGUCGGUCCUGACUUCUUGUUGCCGCUGCGAAGCGUUGCGCGAUUUGGCUCGGCAGCUCCGGCUCUGGACUUUCUGAAGCCAGGCCUCCCGCUGCCGUUGCGAUGCCUCAGCUGGCCCGGUUUGCCAUUGCCCGUCCCAGACUUCAUGCAUUUGGGAUUCCUGCUUCUGGCCCGAUCACCUAGCCGAUUAGAGAGUCCAGUUUCGAUCUACAAGAUGGUUCGAUUUGAUUUGCUAUUGUCAACAUCAGACUUCUUGCGUCUCGGGCUACUGAUGCUGGUGCGUAGCCCUGCCAGACUUGGGCCCGGAUGCUCGAUAUGUGGAUCUGUGCAGUCAGAGGUCACUCUUCUGGUCCUGGACCCUGCGCACUUGGGACCACCUCUUUUUGUGAGAAGCCUCUGCUACACAGGCACGGCUUUGAGCAUGCUGGACUUCGGCCAGCUCGACCCGUUGCCUUUUACCAGAAGUGUCACGCGAUUGGGCUCCUUGGUGUUUGCCAUGUCGUGUACUCGUCUGGGCUCCAGCCUCCCAGUGCUCGACCUCACGCACCUGGAUGUUGUGCCGUCACCCCACAGCCUGGCCCGUCCGGGCUUCAUGGCGCCGACCUUGACCUUUGUCAAUCUAGAUUCUUUGCCCUCUAUCCGAUCCCUUUCCCGACCAGACUUCUCUUCGUCUACGACUGACCCCUUGCACCUGGGACUUAUGCACAGCUUGACCCGGCCUGCCACCAUCGGCUACCGACCUUCUGCAUUUGGAUGCUCCUCUGUUGGUACGGAGUUUGACACAGUUCGGUCUGACUACGUUAGCCCUGGUGCGACUUCAUCAGCUUGCGGUCUCUGUGCCAUGGAAAGCUCAUUGUUUGCCUUGGACUUCACUCGUCCAGGCGUUUCUCUGCUUUCGAGGAGCUCAGCCUGGCCUGGCAGUUUGCUUCCUGCCUUGGACUACCUGCGCUUGGGCCUGGCAAUGUUGCUGAGAUCCUUUGCCUGCUUGAGCUCUUCCUUGUUCGCUGCUGGCCUAUGCCGCUUGGAGCCCUCGCUGCUGGUGUCAGAUGCCGUGAACCUUGAGUCCACCGUGUCUCUGCAAUCAUCCUCUCAGCUCGGAUUGGCUCCAUUAACCAUGGACUACAUGCAGGCAGGAUUCUUCGUGUCUGUUAGAAGCCACGCGUGUUUGGAAGUUAGCGUGUCAGCUCUCGACUUCUUGUGCUUGGGAUCUACGUUGCCGCUGCAAUCUCAUGGUUGUCUGGACUUGCCGACUCUAGCCUUGGACUACUUGGCGCUGGGGCCAUCCUCAUCUCUCCAAAGCUUCGGUUGUUCAGGCUCUGUUGUGUCGGCCUCGGACUUCCUGCAUCCAGAUGCCUCCCCGAACUUCGGAUGCUCGGAGUUGCCGGUGCCUGUGCCAGGCGCAUCGCGACUGGGCAGUACCCUGUCCUUGUCGGACUUCGUGAACCUCGGGCUUACGCUAUUUGUGUUGGACUUUACCGGCCUGGGACCAUCGGCCUCGGUGCGCAGCAUUGCGCGUUUGGACUCAGCGAUGCCCACCCUGGAUUCCCUGCAUCCUGGCUUGCCCUCCUUUGUGAGAAACCCUGGAAGAACUGGUCUCACAUUUCCAGCCUUCGGCGUUUCUUGCUGCGACUUCUCUUCCCCGACACCUGACCACACUUUCCUUGGCUCGCCCUUUCUGCCUCGAAGCCUGGCCAAGUUGGGCUUUUCAAUGCUUGUCUUGGACUUUUUGCAUCCAGACUUAUUGCUGCUUCUGCGCUCAUGGGGACAACUAGAAAGCGUGAUGCCGGCCUUUGGAAUUGGCAGGGUGGGCUUGAUGCCCUCAGUGCCAGACUUCACCCAUCUUGACUUCCCCUCACUUUCACACAGCCGUGCCAGAAUGGGGCCUAUCCUUCUGGUACGCUUUGACGCCUCCUCGCCAGCGCCAGACCCCUCUGAUCUCGAAUUCGCGCUAUUUGCACGAUGCCCUGCAAACUUUGACCCAGCGCUGCCCUUGCAAAGCUUCGCAUGCUUUGGCUCCGCGUCCCUUUUGCUCGGCGUGGCCAACUUCGGGCCUUUGUCUCCGGUGUUGGACCACGUGUUGCUAGAGCCUUUGCCAUCUGCACGAAGCUUCGGGCGCUUGGGUCUGCUUCCUUCAGCAUUGGACCUUUUGCAUUCAGAGUCCGUGUUGCUCCUUCACAGUUUUGGUUGUUUCGACUUCACCUUAGCCUCGUUCGGAAUUGGACGGCUUGGAUCACUUGCGUUUGUGCUAGACCUUGCAGCGUUCGGCAGCGGGUCGUCCUUGCGUAGCCGCGCUUACGCAGACCCAACUCUUCCCGUGUUAGACUUCUUGCAUCCAGGCAUUUUGCCAUUAUUGAGGAGCUUCAGCCGGGUGGACUUGCUUUCUUCGGCUUCCGGGAAAAUACGCCUUGAUGCGUCACCGUUACCUCCGGAUCAUAAAUAUGCGGGAAGUGCUUUAGCGCCUCGCAGCUCCUCACGGGUGGGCUUUGCUGCCCCAGCUUUUGGAAUUGGCCGACCCGGCCCUUUGCUUUUUGUACUAGACCCUAUCCACCUCGAAUCGCCGCCUCUUCUGCGAAGCAUGGCCAGACCAGGACCUGUGAUUCUAGUCCUGGAUCUCCUGCAUCCGGGUUUUCUGCUGUUUCUUCACAGCCUUGCAAGCUCCGAGCUCUUGACUUCUCCGAGAAGUGUGGCGCGCUUCGGAUCUUGUUUCUCGGCCUGCGGGCUGGCUUGCUUUGGCCUACCAUCUCCUUUACUGGAACAUGCGUAUCCUGAGUCUGUGCCACCGCUGCAAUCCACGGCAAGAUCAGGACUCGCUGCGUCUGUGCCGGACUUUCUUCGCCCGGGCCUGUUUAUGUCUGCGCGCAGUAUGGCUUGCUUUGGCUCCAUGCUGUUGGUGACGGGUACUGGGCGGCUUGCACUAUUCUUGCCAGUGCUGGAUUCCACUCAUCCAGGUUCCAGCCCGACAGCAAGAAGUGCGGUGCGUCCUGGAUUGGCCCUGCUAGUUUUGGACCUCUUGCACUCAGAGUUUUUAAUGUUUCCUCACAGCUUUGCGAAGCCUGAGCCGACCCUCUUUGCCUCUGGACUAGGCUGGAUGGGAUUUCCAGUGCCUGUCAUGGACUUUGCUCUGCUGGGUCCUGCGGUGCUGUUGCGUUCCUUCGCUCGUUCGGGCCUCGCAGUGCCAAUUCUGGAUACCUUGCAACCAGGCUCCUUGCUGCCAUCGCAACACCAUGGACGUCCAGACUUUCUGUUGUCUCCUUUCGGUUGCAGCUGCAUGGACCUGUCCACGUCAGCGCCGGACCUCACUCAGCUAAACUCAGGACCAUUGCUUCAAAGCUUUGCUCGUUUGGGUCUAGCCCUGUUGACUCUGGACCUUCUGCAUUUGGGCCUGCUGCCAUUUAUGAGGAGCCCCGGAUACCUAGGAUUGACGCCUUCCGCGUCUCAGCGGCUUCGCUUCGAACCAAGCCCUUCAGUCUCAGACUUCACACACCCAGGCUUCUCGCUGUCACUGCAGAGCUUCAUGCGCGGUGGCUUUGCGAUUUCGGCUUGGGGCAUGUGUCGUGCUGGCCUGCCACCUCCUUUGCUUGACUCUGCGCACUCAGGCUUGGCUGCCCUGCUUCGUAGCUUCUCACGAACGGGUUCGGCGGCUCCCGCGCCAGACUUCCUCCAACUCGGCGCAUUCCUGUCAGCCCUUGACCUCGUUCGAUUGGGCCUGCCCUUGCCGUUGCGCAGCAUGUCAAGGCUCCUCCUUCCCCGCCUUCAGCAGAGCAACUUUGGAAACCUUGCCACUUUUGCUGGCGUUGCUUGGCCUGAUGCUUCAACGUUUGCCCCGGAUUCCGUGCAGCUGGGUCUUGCUGCAUUGCCGCACAGCUUCACUUGGCUUGAAGUGGCUCUGCUCGCGCCGGACUCCUUACACCUUGGGCCGAUGAUGUUCAUGCGCAGCUUCGCGCAACCUGAAAGCCCGUUUUCGGCAUUUGGUGUUGCAAGGGCAGGCUUCCCAUCGCUCGCGCUGGACUUUGUGCACAUGGGUUCUCUGCUGCUGGUUCACAGCUUUUCAUGCCCUGGCUCUGUUGUACCAGUGCCAGAUCUUCUGCACCCAGGGCCGCUGCUGCUCAUGCAAUCGCACGCAUGCUUGGGAACCUUUUCGCUGGCUCCUGACCAUGCUCACCCUGGCCCUCUGACGUCUGCGCGAAGCCCUGGAAGACCAGGACCUUCAGCACCUGUCUUGGACUUUGUUCACGCGGUCAUGGACUUCACGGAGUUUGAGCCGCCUUCGCUCGCGCACAGCCCCGGAUGUCUCGAGCUAUCCCUCUCUGUUCUGGACUUCCUCUACUCGGGAAGCCUCAUGUCUUCAAGGAGCUCUGGCCAGCCGGAAGUUGCUCUGCUUUUGUUUGGGCUGGCCCGAAUGGGCCCCUUGCUGCUCCUUGGCCAGCCCCAGAUCGUGUACUGCUGGGAUCCCUCGCGUUGCCGCAAAGCUCUCUGUGAACGGGCACUCUGGUUGCAGUUGGCGAUGGGCAGCGCUUCGCCAGCACCUGACUCCCUGAUCAUGGGCUCCUUGCUGUCCAUCAGUCUCCCCAUGCCAGCACAAUCUUCAGCAUGUCCAGAGCUGUCAGCCCUUAUCUCGGAUUUUGUGGCAACAGAGCCUGCUCUGUCGACUCGCAGCCAUGCACAUCUGGGUGUGACUCUUCCCUUACUGGACUUUGCUGGACUGGGGCCUGUGCCAUCAGUCCGAAGCUACGUUUGCACAGGCCUGAGUGCAUCUUUGCCAGACUAUGCGCACUCAGAAUCCAGCUCGUUGACUAGGAGUCCUGCACGCACUGAGCUUUCUGUGCCUAUGAUUGACCUUCUCCACCUCGGUUUCUCAUGUUCACUGCACAACUACGCACGCUCGGGCUUGGCUUCCUUGAUCUUUGGCCAGGCCAGAAUGAGCUCUCCACCCCCAGCACUUGACUGCACUUGCUCAGAGCCAGCGCUACCUAUGCAAAGCCCUGCUUGCCUUGGUUUUGUGAUUCCAGCACCUGAUUCUACAGAGCUGGGCUCCUCACCUACACUCCGGUCCCCUGCGCAGCCAGACUUUGCCGUGUUGACCUCCGGGAUCACAUGGAUGGCCUCCAGCUCACCAGCGCUGGACUUUGUACACACCGGCUUGUUGAUGCUCGUUCGUAGCCUUGCUUGUUGUGAAGUCUCUGUCUUAGCCUUAGACUUUCUACAUCCUGACAUCUCCUUGUUGGUUCGGAGCUCUGCAUGCUUCGAUUUGGCACCAUCUGCUUCCGGUGCUGCGCGCACUGAAGCAUCACCCUUUCUGUCAGACUUUGCAGAGCCAGGCUCUUCCAUCCUUUUGCGUAGCUUUGGGCAACCUGGUGCUGUGUCAUCAGCUCCGGACUUCUUGCACCCAGGAUUUACCGCACCUCUCCGGUCCUUUGCCUGGCUAGAUCCUGUGCUGCCUGCCUCUGGACUGGCUUGCUCAGGUGCAACAGUACCACUCCUGGACCUUGUGCUUGCAGGACUUGCCAUGCUUGUAAGGAGUUGUGCAAGACCAGGUGCUUCUGUUCUAGCCCUGGACUUUGUCAAGAUGGGCUUCAGCUUGUCAGCGCAAAGCUCCUGCUGUUCAGGCUCCACAACAUCCGUGCCCGACCUUCUGCAUCUGGACCCGCCUCUGCUGCUGAAGAGCCUAGCAUGGCUUGAUCUCGCUUUCUCAGCAUUUGGAGGCUCAUGCUGUGGAUCCAUGCCUUCUGCGCGCAGCCUCGUUACACUUGACUCCUCGACCGCUCUCUUCUCAACUGGACGGUUGGGAUUGCUGCUGUCUGCACCAGACCUUGCACAGUUUGGCUCGGCGCUAUUCCUGCGAAGCUUUGCAUGGCCUGGCAGUUCGCCGCCAGCUCUAGACCUCCUUGAACCUGGCCCUGCUUUUCCGACCCGGUCGCACACACGCGUGGGUCCCGCAUCGAGCGUGUUCGGUGCCACUCGACCAGACAGCCCACUGCUGGCACCAGACCUUGUUGAACUCGGCUCUGCAUUGCUGCUGCAAAGCCUUGCGAGGUCAGGUCCCUUUUUGUUGACCUUGGAUUUCGCACACACAGAACCCAUGAUGCUGAUGAGGUCUGCCGUCCAAUUGGGGCUUGUUGUUCUGCUGUUUGGCUUGGCUUGCCCAGAAUUUGUCUUCUUGCUAUUUUUGACAGAAAUGGGGCACCUGGGCAGUCCGCUGCCCGUGCAAAGCCCUGCUUGUCUUGAUGCGGCAGCUUCAGUGCUGGACUAUCUGAAAACGGGACCGUUCAUGUUGCUGCGUUCGCUUGCACAUUCUGACUCUGUGCUGUUGGCCUUCAAAGUUGCUCGGUCUGGAGCCCCACCGCCUGCCUCAGACUCUACUCAUCCUGGUCUGCUGUUGUUCGUCCGCAGCAUUGCUUGCACGGGCCUUGCAACGCCUGUACUGGACCUGCUGCGCCUUGACUCGUCCUUAUCAGUGCAAAGUUUUAUUUGCUGUGGCUUCUCUCCUUUGGCCUUGGACCUUCUUCAAACAGAGUUCUUCCCUUCAUUGCAAUCAUUUUUGUGCGCUGGCCUGGCCAUGUUUGUGUCGGGAUUGUCAUUGCCUGCCACUGAUUCCUUGGAUCCCGGCCCGUCGAUACCUUUGAGGGGCUCUGCGUGCCCUGGCUUGGCCCUCUUGGCUUCCGGCAUUGGUUGCCCCGGUUUGCUGGCAUCCGCUUUAGAUGUUGCUCUGACUGGCUUUUCUUCAUCUGUUCGAAGCUUGGCCCGCCUCGGCUCAUCAGUGCCAGCCUCGGACCUCCUGCACCCAGAUGCACCAGCACCCCUGCGGAGCAUGUGCCGUGCGGACCCGGCUUUGUCAGUUCCGGAUUUCUUGCAUUUGGAAGCCUUGUUGCCUUUGAGGCUUGGAGCAGUCAUGCCGACCUUGGACUUCCUGCACCUCGGUUUGGCAGCUUUCUUGCAAAGCCGUGCGCACUCUGGCCUCGCCGCCCUAGUACUUGGCGUUGUCAGGUUAGCCCCUUCCCUGCCUUUGCCGGAUUCCUUGAAUCUGGGACCUUCUCUUUCACCCCAAAGCUGCUCAUACACCGGGCUGGCUGUUUCUGUGCUGGACUCCCUGCACUUGGAUGCCCCGCUGCUGCCACAAAGCUCUGCGAACUUAGAGCCGGCACUUACAGCUUUGGGCGUCACACGCCUGGGCCUAUCUCUGCUUGCACUUGAUCGCGUGGCUCUGGGAUCAUCCAUGUCAUCGAGGAGCUCCACGUGCCUCGGGCUCUCUCUGUCAUUGUCGGACUCUGGUGCAAUCGGACCGCCUGACUUCAUGUUCAUGGGAACCAUGGGUGGGAAUCAUGACAUGCAGGACAUUGGACUGGUGCGACUUGGCUCUUUACCGCUGCUUCUGGAUUUUGCGCUCUUUGGCUUCGCUCUGCUGUUGCGCAGCCGCGCUCAGCUGGGCCUGGUCCUGCUUGUUUCAGAUUUCUCUCAUGCCGGAUUAUCGUUUUUGUCGCGUAACUCUGCGUGGCUGGGCCUGGCUUCGUUGGCAUCUGGAAUGGCUCGCGUUGAAGCGUCCUCGCCCGUGCUUGAUUUCACCCAGCCAGAGCCUUUCCUGCUGUCGCACAGCUUUGCACCACCAGACCUAGCUGUGCUAGACUUUUGCUGCCAACACGCAAUCAUGGGCGGUUGGGACCAGCGCCUUUGGUUGUUGGGGUUUGAGGUGCUGUUGCCAGCUCUGGACCUUGCUCACCUAGGAGCCGUGCUGCUGACGCAUGACUUUGCCUGUGUAGAUGUUUCUGUGCUGCCAUCAGGCAUGCAUCGUUUCUUAGCCUUCGGUAAUGUGUGUAUGGGCUUGAUGCCUUCGGUUCUCGAUGUUGUGCACUUAGACCUAGCAAUGCUCCCUCGAAGCCCCGCUCGCCUCGGGCCAGUGGCAUCGGCACCAAACUUUGCGCACGUGGCCCCUUCUUUGCCGGUCCGGUCGUUUGUGAGGCUAAACGCGGCGAUGCCCUUGCUUGACCUUGUCCACACGGGCUCUUUGACGCUUUUGCAAAACUAUGUCUAUGUGGGCUUGAUGCCUUUUCUGUGCGGCUUGGGAAGAUCUGGCCCAAGCCUGUUGGUGCCUGACCUCCUGCACUUGGGCUUUGUCCUGACUUUAAGAAGCCUCGUAAGGCUAGGCCUCUUGCUUCUGGCCUUGGAUUCCAUGCACUUGGGGCCUAUGACGCUGUUGCAGCAUAAGGCGCAUGCUGGCCUUGCGCUUCUAGCCUCUGGUGUGGUGUGGUCAGGUCUGAGCUUGCUUGUUUCAGAUUGUGCGCACUUCGGAUCUGUCCUGCUUUCGCAAUCACCUGCAUGUCCUGACAGCUUGACGUUUCUGCUGGAUUAUGCCAUGUUUGACCCCUUAGUGUCAGUCCGCAGCCCUACUCAAUUUGGAUUCGCCUUCUUAGUGUUUGGACUAGCCUGCAUGGGCCUUACGCCUCUAGCAUCAGACCUCACCCAACUUGAUGCUCUGCUUCUCCUCCGUGAUCACGCCUGCCCUGAGCCUUUGCCGCUGGCUUUCGGUUGCACUCGGGUUGGUGCCCUUUUGCUGGCGCUGGACCUUGUCCUUCUAGGCUCCACUGCAUUUGUGCGUUCGCCUACACGCCUUGAGGCUGUUUUGCUGGUUCUUGAUCUUGCCACACCCGACCCAUCAAUGCCGGCGAAACAGUUUUUGCGCUUAGAACUCACAGUGCCCUUGCUGGGCCUAUCUCGUGCGGGCCUUGUUUUCGCACUGUUAGUCACUGAAUCUGCAACUUCUGGUCCCCCCCUGCUGUCACGAACCUGUGCCAGGGCUGAAUCCGCGGUUGCAGUUCUCUCCUUCGCACAUUCUGACUUCCCAAUUUUACUGCGGUCCCUGGCACAGCUGGGCACAUCCACGUUCGCUGCAGGUGUUGCCUGCAUGGGUUUGAGCCUGUCAGCUCUUGACUCCUCUCUUCCUGGGCUGUCUUCGCCCUUGCGAUCGUGCGCGCGGCUGGGUUCUCCUCCCUUGGUCUCAGACUUUUCGCGUUCAGAACUACUUCUGUCUGCGCGAACCUUCAUACAUGCGGGCCCUGCCAUGUUGAUAUCCUCAGUCGUGAAACUGGGACCUUCCCUUUCCAUCUUGGACACGUGUCAGGCAGGGCCAAUUGUGUUUACCAGGAGCCAUGCACGCUUGGGCAUAAGCCUGCUUCUGUCAGAUUUCUUGCACACGGGCUCGACGCUGUCCCUUCGUAGCCCUGCUCGAGUUGAUGCAGUCCUUUCUGUGCCGGGCCGUUCUAGACCAGGACCCGUAUCCCCUCUGCCUGUGACUGAGUGCGCGCAUCUAGGCUUGGCCUUGUUUGCACGCAGCUUCACCCGUUGCAGCUCUUCGCUGUCAAUUCUUGAUAGCAUGCACACCGAGUCUGCGCUUCCCUCCCAAAGCUUCUGCCGUGCUGACCCUGCCAUCCUAGCCAUGGACUUCACACAUAUGGGAGCCUUCUUGAUACCUCAAAGCCCUGGUAAGCUCGGCUUUGUUCCGCCAACCCUGGAUCUCUUGCACUCGGGGCCGCCCCCUACAAUGCAAUCUUCUGCCCAUGUGGGAUUGAUGACGCCCGUCUCCGGCUUGGCCUGGGUAGGCUCUGUCUUCCCGCUGCCUGUGAUUGACAACGUCGCGUUGGGAAGCUUGCCGUUGUUGCGAUCGACAGCCCAACUAGAGUUGAUACCGUCAGCUCCGGACUUCCUCCAUUCGGGGCUGCCAAUGCUAUCCAGGGCUGCUGAGCAUUUGGGACCUGUUCCUUCUGUGUUUGGUCGGCUGCAAUUUGGCAGUAGCACGCUAGUCUUGGACUUCUCGCAUCCAGAUCUGCCACUGUUGCUGCAGGCUUGUUCGCAAUCAGGGCUAUCGCUGUCAGCCUCAGAUUCCACGAAGCCAGGUUCCCCAAUCCUUAUGCGCAGCUUUACCAGGAUGGGCUCCAGCGUGUUGGUUCCGGGGCUGACAAGAUCGGGCUUCGUUUCCUCCCUGCCAGUCAUUGACUCCACAAAGCCGGACUUCGCAAUGCUGGUUAGACUCUCGAUGCCGCUGCAGUCUUUUGCAUACCUCGGCCUGUUGAUGCCUGUCCUGGAUUUUCUUGCACUCGACCUGACGCUGCCAACGAGAGGUCCGGCGCGAGCUGAAUCCGUAUCCUUGCUGCCAGCACCGCCCUUAGUUUCCAAAGUGGUAGUGGCUAACGUCUUCCUGGGAAGCCUUCUGCUGGUCCACAGCUCCACGCGCUUGGAUGCAAUGGUUCCAGCUACUGACCCUGCGCGUCUCGGGUUUGACCCGGACAGGUCCAGUGUUCCCGCUAUCUGCUUUGUUUUCUUGCUGCCGACUGCAGAUCAUGCUUGUCCCGAGCCAGUGGCUUCAGUGCAAAGCUUGGCAAGGAUGGGCCUUGCUGUUCUCACCUUAGACUUCUCUCACCCUGGUCUCAGCUAUCUAGACACAAUCGUGUUUCCGAUGGGCAUAGGCAGGCUAGGCUCCUCCCUGUUGGCCCUGGACUCUAGCCAACUGGAACUGCUGGCGUCGUCGCACUCCAUGGGCCGUUUUGGCUCCCCAGUGCUUGUCCUGAACCAUGCUAAGCCUGGAGCAGCCUCGUCCUCGCAAAGCCCUGGCUGCACCGGCCUAGCAACUUCAACUUGUGGAGCUUCAUGGCUUGGUCCCCCUGCGCCCGUCCCAGAUUUUCUUCACUCAGAUGCGCUCUUGUCGUCGCAAUCCUGUGGCCAGCUAGGCAGUGUUCUGCCAGUGCCUGAUCACUUGCGCAUGGGCUUGCCAGCGCCUCUGCAACAGCUUGCACGCACUGAUCCUGUGAUGCUUGUUUUCGGAAAGGUGUGGCCUGGCUCCAGCUUGUUUGUUCUGGAUCCCUUGCAGCUAGACUCAUCUCUUCCUCUCCGCAGCUUCAGCAGGCCUGGCUUGCUACUGUCGGUGCCUGACUUUCUUGUCAUGGGAUCCACACCUCUGAUAAGGUCGUUUUCACAACUUGACCUCACUCCCCUAGUGUUUGGAUUGGCCCGCGCUGGCUUGGUUUUCUUGCCAUCGGCGACCGAGGUUUGCACAAUGGAACCGUCCCUGCCACUGCGAUCGCGCUCCUGUCCAGGGUUGGCAAUGCCGGCUUUGGAUUUUGCAAGGCUUGACCUCUUUGUAUCCCUGCGCGAUCGUGGCCGGCUGGGCUCCAGCCCAUCUCUCUCCGGAAUGGCUUGCCUUGAAUUGCCAGCGUUGGCCCUGGACUUCUUGCACCUUGGCCCUCCACCGUUUGCUCGCUCAAUGAGUCGCUUGGAGGCAUCACUCCCAGUGCUUGACUCUCUUCAUUCAGGCCCACCUUUACCAUCACAAGCACUCAAGUGUUCUGAGUUAGCAGUGCUGGUGACGAGCAGCGUCAGGCCCGAUGCUCUGAUGUCGAUCCCUGACUCCCUGAAUCCUGGUGCUCCCUUGCCGGCUCAAAGUUUCAGCUGCUUGGGCCCGGCGGCCUUGGUGUUGGAUCUGCUUCGGCCCGGCCCCUUGGCUUUGUCACGAAGCCACAUGCGCUUCGGGCUGACGGCUUCUUUGUUGGGAAUGGCUUGGCCUGGGCUCGUAUUCUCCUUGCCUGUCACCGAUGUGACUCACCUGGGAAGCUUGAUGCUGCUUCGGUCAUGCGCAUAUGUGGAGCCUGUGCUUUCUGCCCUGGACCCUGCUCGCUCAGGACUCUUGCUGCCCUCGCGCUCCUCCACACACAUCGGCCCAGCAGUGAUUGUACCUGGUAUGGGCUGUUUUGACUUUCUGCUGUUAGUUCCUGAUUUCUUGCAGCUGGGGUCACUUCCAUCCACCAGGUCACAUGCCAGAUGUGGAUUUCCAAUGCCAAUCUUCGACUUCUUGAUACCUGGAUCCUUGAUGUCCAUGCAAACCCUCGCGCAAACUGGCUCUCCCCUGUUUGUCUUCGGUAAGUUCAGUUCCGGGCCAAGCAGCAUCUCAGUCUUGGGCUACGUGCAUUUCGGCUCGCCACCCUCUGUCCAAAGUUUUGUCAGGUUCGGCCUGGCAGCGCUCGUCUCAGAUUCUGCCCACUCUGGACUGUCCCUUUUCUUGCAAUGCCUUGCUCACUUAGCAUCUGCAGUUUCAGUUUUGGGAAAAGCAAGCAUGGGAUCCUCGCUGCCGGUCCCAGACCCUGCUCAUUCCGGUCCUUCUUUGUUUGCGCAUUCGUUCGCCCGCUCUGAUCCAGCUUUGUUUGUAAUUGACCACCUGCAGACGGGUCCAACAAUGCCAAUGAGGUAUCUUGCCUGGCUAGAUGCAGUGUUGCCAGCACUUGGCUGCUCAAAGCUGGGACUCAGCUUGCCAGUUCUGAGCUUCGUAGACAUGGCCUCCACAAUGUCUUCAAGGUCUCUUGCUCGCUCGGGCUCCGCUGCCUUUGCACUUCGAUACUUACAUGCCGGCUCUACGCCGCCUUUGCAAUCACGUGUAAGAGCUGAAGCGGCAACGCCAGCCUGUGGCAUGGCCUGCUUGGGGGCUCUGCUUCCAGCUCCAGACUUCACUAAGUCAGGCUCCGUGUCAUCAGUGAGAUCCCUCAUUCGGCUCGGCUUUGCUGUGUCGGCCACCGAUUUCUCUCACAUGGAGCUUCCAACAUUCCUUAGGAGCUGUUCGCGAUCAGCUACCCCUCCUUCCAUCGUGGGUUUGGCACGCCUUGAAGUGCUGAUGUUUGUGCUGGAUUCUUCAUGCCUGGGUCCCGCGCUGUUUUCACAAAGCUUCCUUUACCUUGACAUGUUGGUGCUGGCACUGCAGCUUAGUCACUCAGACCCUUCCCCUUCACUACGACACUUCUCUUGGCCAGGCCUCACCCUGCUUGCCAUGGGUCGCAGUCGUUUAGGGUCACUGCUUCCUGUACCAGGCUCCAGCCAAUCUGGCUUGCUACUGUUGCCCCAAAGCGUCUCUUGGCUUGGCGUAGUGAUGUUUGCUUUGAGUUUUGCAGCUCUGGGCAGCCUGCUGUCGGUCCAAAACCCUGCACGCAUGGAAGCAGCCUUGCUUUUGUGUGGAUUGGCCUGGCCCGGCCUUUUGCCAUUUGUCUUGGAUGGUAGUCACGUUGGCCUGACCUCGUUCCUGCAAAGCUUUGCAAGACUGAGCUCAGCGACCCCAACUGUAGACCUUUCGCAAAUGGGAUUUUUCUCGUUGCUGCGUUCGCUGGCCAAGUUGGGAUCUGCCUCACCGGUGCUGGACCUCUUGCAGCUCGAGCCUCCUUUGUCUUUGCGCUCCCCUGCAAGGUUGGAUGUGGCUACGUCGGUGCCGGACUCUUGCCAUAGCGGACCAUCACCCUUGAUGCAGCAGUUCUCCCAUGUGGGCUUCUUGGCGUUCGCAGUGGGCUUGUCACGCCUUGGCUCCGUAUUCAAGCUGCCAGUCACUGACCUUGUCAAGAUGGGCUUGUCCUUGCCACUCAGAGGCCUGGCACGUGCUGGAACUUCAACGUUGACAUUAGACCCCACUCAUGUAGGCCUACCUGCUUCUCUGCAAGGCCCUGCAUGUACAGACUUUGCGCCUCCUUCGCCCAAUCUUGCUGCGCCAGGCCUGUUGAUGUCAUUGCAACAGCUCUCCAGGGCCGACUCCUCCACGUCCGUGCUUGGAAAAAGUGUUGCAGGUUCCCCUCUGCCAGCAUUGGAUUCCUCCACUUUCGGUUUCCCGCUCUCCCCACGCAGCCUUUUGAGGCUUGAUCUGGUGUUGUUGGCCUCCAACUUUGCAAAGCUUGGCUUGCCCCUUCUGGCUCGGAGUUCCGUGUACCUGGACCUGUCAGCCUUUGCAUUGGGAAUGUCCCGAGCUGACUCUGUGUUCAGCCUGCCGGUAGCUGACCUCGUGAAAAUGGAAGCUUCUCUUUCGUUGCACAGCUGUGGGCUCGGUGCUGCCUUUGAGACAGCCCGCGUGCGCAGAUCUCGUCAUGCCAACUCCCGGAUUGCUGUGCCUGGACGCUUCGUUUUCGGCAUCGGCUCCACGUUUCCUGCCCAAGGCUCUGCGUGCAUGGGAUCUCUGGCACCUGCCGUCGGCAUGUCCUGUUGCGGCUCCGUGUUCCCUUCGUCGGUUACAGACAAUAUGAAAAUGGGCAGUUUGCUGCUCUUGAGAUCCUUCGCCAGACCUGGCUUCUGCGCGCUGGUGCUGGCCUGGCUUCGCCUCGAGCCCUUGCUUUUUGUGCGAAGCUAUACGCGGUUGAGCUCCUUCAUGUCGUGCCUCGGGCUCGCCCGCGCGGGAUCUGUCUCCUCUCUCUCAGUGACUGAGUUGGCAAACAUGGCCUCUUCGAUGUUUGCCAGGUCCUUUGCAUGCCUUGGCUUAUUGCCGCCCACCCUUCAAUACACUGUGUUCAGCUCUUCAGUCUCGGUGCGCUAUUUCGCCCGCAUUGAGCCUCCAGCUUCGACACUCGCAGCAUCGCGAACAGAAGUUUCUGCAUCUGUCGCAGAUUCCGCUCAUUCAGGCUUGACGUUGCUUGCACGAUCUGUGGGAUGGAUGGGCUCCAUAGCACCUGUCUUACAGUUUUCGCAUACUGAGCUAUCGCCCUCUGCACGGCUCCAGCUUGUCAGUCCCACAGUUUGGUCAUUCUGGCUCCUCUACAGCUAUUCGAAGCAUGGUGCAACUCGAGUCUCUGCUUUUGCCUCGCAGCCCUUCCUGUCUGGGAGCUUCGUGCGAGUGGGCAGUUCCACCUCUACCAUGAGUUUGGGACGUCCGGGCGCAAUGCUGCUGACGCUAUCUUUCGGAUUGGCCCGGGCAGCAUCCGUCUCCUCCUCGUCGGCCACCGAUGCUGUCCACAUGGGCUUUGCCUACUGUGAGUCGCUCAUGUCCUUCCGAUCUCUGGCACAGCUUGGCUUUGCAAUCCUCAUUCACGAC